UGUGGCGACUGUGGGAAAGUUUUCCAUGUCCCGUCUGUCCUGGAGACUCAUCGGCGCAGCCACACCGGGGAGAAGCCGUUCUUCUGCUAUGUCUGCGGGAAAGGCUUCAGCGAUUCCUCCUACCUGCUGACCCACCAGCGAGUCCACACGGGUGAGAGUCCCUUCAGCUGCCCUCUGUGCGGGAAGGCUUUUCGUGAUUCCUCAGCCCUACUGACCCACCGGCGGAUCCACACGGGGGAGAGGCCCUUCAGCUGCCCCGUGUGCGGGAAGGCUUUUCGUGAUUCCUCAGCCCUGCUGACCCACCGGUGGGUCCACACCGGGGAGAGGCCCUUCAGCUGCCCCGAGUGCAGGAAGGCCUUCAGCAAUUCCUCCAAACUACUGACCCACCAGCGGGUCCACAUGGGGGAGAGGCUGUUCAGCUGCCCCCAGUGCAGGAAGGCCUUUACCCAGGCCUCCACCUUGCUGAGGCACCGGCGGAUCCACUUGGGGGAGAGGCCGUUCCCCUGCACAGAGUGCGGAAGGCCCUUAGCAAUUCCUCCAACCUACUGACGCACCGGCGGGUCCACACGGGGGAGAGGCCGUUCAGCUGCCCCCAGUGCAGGAAGGCCUUUACCCAGGCCUCUGCCCUGCUGAGGCAUCGGAGGAUCCACAUGGGGGAGAGGUCCUUCAGCUGCCCCGAGUGCUGGAAGACCUUUACCCAGGCCUCCACCCUGCUGACCCACCGGCAGAUCCACACGGGGGAGAGGCCUUUCAGCUGCUCAGAGUUUGGGGAGGGGUUCAGUCAGGUGAGCCACCUGCAUAGGCACUAGCGGCUCCACUAGGGGGAGAGGCCCUUCAGGGGCCCCGAGUGCAGGACGGGGUUCACCUGCUCGAUUUAAGCUGCUGACCCACCAGUGUCUCCACACCAGGGAGAGGCCGUUCACCUGCUCCUCCCAACUGUGGACGCACUGAAGCGGUGACGGCCGAAUGCCAUUAUCGACUGGACUGUCAACCCAGUUUCGGGGCUGCUGGGUUCGAAUCCAGCCGCGGCAGAUGGCGGAAUUGGAAUUUGGUCAGAAACUGGAGUUCAGAAUCUAAUGAUGAAACCAUUUU